AUCACCAGCCUCUUAUUCUCUUUUCAUUCUCUCCACUGCACGCCAACGGUAUAUUCUUUGACAACUCAUCAUCGGUAAAACGAUCAUUAGCUUGUUUGCUACUGUUUACUUUUUUGGCCUUUAGAAAGGCGCGCGAGAUAGGGCAUUGAUUGUCAGACGCUUUCUGCUCCGUCACCAUGUCGACCGGUCCCGCUCAUCCAUCGUCUGUCAACGCAGUCGACGACAACGCGAAUCGAGGGCGCCGGACGUCAUUUUUCUCGCUUUCUCCUACCCACCACCUGGAAAGCGACCUCGCAUCAUUAGAUACGGACGACGAAUUCUGCGAUCCGUUGGAUUACAUGGUGGAGGAAACGCGGUGGGAUUUAUCCCCAAAAACAAUGAAUGCGACCGCAGACCGGGGGGACGAGCACCGUCAAAACACACCGCAAGCCGCAUCUCCCAGCAUGAAUCACGACGACAAUGAAAUGGAUAAUAGCGCUUUUGAGCAACAGGAUCGUUAUGAUACACAAUUAAGUCCCGAUUCAUUACCUCCGUUACCCGAUAACGAUGAUAGCAGUCUCGAAGAACACAGCGACCACGGCCGCGCGGAGAACCAAACCUUUCUGGAUGAGAAAGAGAUGCAGAAGAAACUGAUGGACAUGGAGUCUAGUUUUCUCCCAGAGCCUUCGACUAUUGAGAUUACCGCUGCGGACCGUACUACGGGCGCUGACGAUACGUAUGUGGUUGGAGCGUUGGAUAAGGAGGAUGCGUUGGAUUUUGUAGAGCCAUCCUGGGCGGCGCCAGACGAUUCUAGCCACGACCUAACAUCAACAAACAAUGGUGUUCCCAUUCCACCUAGUCCUGGCAUUGGACCCACGGAAGACAGUACACUGAAUCUGGAUGCGACCCCAGCAGCAUCUGGGGAACAAUAUGGAGAUAAUAUAACAAUGUUGGAAGCGAUCCCAUCGUCUCCAGCUGCCGCAGCGGCAGCUCGAAUGGGGAGUCGGAACCAAUCCCUGCUGCAUGAGAAUGUCGAUGGAACGAGUCAACAGGAACCCAGUCAGCUUUCUCAGGAAUAUUCAGUCGACCAGUCCUCGUUAGAGAGCGCCAAUCAGUCUUUACAAUCAGCGCAGGAUUUUGGAGACCCAUCUGCAACGCAUUCCAGGAUAUUCAGUGACGCCACCACCAGCGACGCGGACAACGCAUCUCGCACGAGUAACCGAAGGAGUAGCCGUCCUAAAUAUCUGAGCAGUCGUCAAUCCGCAAACCGGCUUUCAUAUUCCUCCGCGGCAAGUGGUGCUACUGAAGGGACUCGCAGUGAUGCAACCUUAGGUGCUGCAGACUAUGCGCUCCAAUCCGGGGGUGCCGCACCCAACCUGACGGUGGGGUCUCGUCGCAACAAUUUGGCUAGAUCAGUGAGUUUGGGAAGCAUGGCGUCUGGAAUAUCGGGAUACAGCGAUGAGAACAUUAUGAAUAAACGAGACAUGAGUGGAACUACAGAUAGCGGCCUUCACACUUUAGAUGAGGAAGAGGGCUUGCAAUCACGCCCCGUCUCAUCGCAUCAACAACAAUCAGAGCAACAAUCGCAAUCAGAAUCUGCUGACGAAACUUCUGGACCAAUGACACCCAAGGCUAAACCUCGCGACCAGGGGUUUCCGACUGAUACCGUAAUCGCGGAACGAGUUAAAGAUGUCCAAGUCCCGAGUGCUUUUGUGAAGCAAUACCGCGAAGACUUUGGUCACGGGUUGUCCCCCGAUAAGCGAGGACCUGGCAUGACCCCCGGGUUCGCGCGCAGUGGCCGAUCAUUGACACUGAAAGAGCAGAGCAGCACGAUUGACCGUCUUUCGAAAGAAAACUUUGACUUGAAAAUGCGGAUACAUUUCCUCAAUGAAGCUCUGAACCGCCGCUCGGAGGAAGGAGUCAAGGAGAUGAUCUCCGAAAAUGUCGAGCUAAAAUCUGACAAGUUGAAAUUGCAGAAGGAUAACCAAGGAUUGAAACGGAAGAUCCGGGACCUAGAGAAGCAGCUUAAAGAUCAACAGUCUGAUAAAGAGUCGAUGAAGAAUCAUGACCCGGAAGGCUUUGACGAAGAUGACCGUGAUCAUGCUCAUGAUGAGGAAUUGGUAUACCUGCGGGAGCGGAUCGAGACGUAUGAGCUUGAAAUUGAGCGACUAAGAUCUGAGAGUAUGGCAAGGGAAGGCGAGAAACGGAGACUGGCAGAAAUGGUUAAAUCUCUAAAUGAUGGGAGGCCCGUUGGGUCAGAUUCCGGAGCAAGAGAGGAGAGGGAUAUGUGGAAAGACAUGCUUGAGGCGGAAACCGCAGCUCGUGAACAGGCUGAUGAUGAGAACAAGAGAUUGCGGGAAGAACUUAUGCGCUGCAGAAACGAGACGAGCUUCUCCGUACCACCAGUAGCACCUUUGAGGACGGCGAACCGGGACCGUGGAGGCUCUAUGGUAUCGUAUUCAGCCGCUUCUGAUAGGGACAUGCAUCGCAACGCUGCAACCGGCAGCUCUUCCAGCUCAACCCUUGUAAUGGAAUAUGAGUUGUUAAGGCAGGAGAAUGCGGAGCUACGGAGAGAGGUCAGCGCCCAGACUUCAAUGUUAACCUCCCGGAACCGGGAGAAGGAACGCUUAUAUCAGGAGAUUGAGGAGUUGAAACUCGGCCAACGUCGGGAUCGAUCCAUUGCUGGCGACAGUAUAUUAGAACGGUCUGCAUCUAGAGCUCAGGGACGGCCACCCUCACGCUUCAGCGACCAAACUGGACAGUCUCCGGUUGACGACGCAGAGCGCGAAGAUUGGGAAGUCCGCAACGGGCAACUACGCGACCAGGUCUCGACACUGAAACUGGAAAACCAGGCUAUCCGGCAACAAGUCGAUGAUUACUCCAGGGAGCUUGAAGCCCUGGAUAAAGCCUACCAGGCUGAUAUGGCUGAUGAGAGGGAUGCAGCCUUCCAGGACCUGAGAGCCGAAGCCCAGGAAGAGCUGGACGGCAUCGGUGACGAGUUGGACCAAAAGGUCGAGGAGUGCCAACGCCUCACGGAAGACCUACGAACGCAGGAUGAGAACCUAAGAACACUGCAGGCAGAAAUGCGCUCCGCUAGCGAAGGCAUUAUUCGAUUGGAGGAAGAUGCACAGAAUAACCUACAGCGGUACAAGGCCGUGCAGCAGGAGCUUGAAGAAUGCAAUGGUGAGAUGGAGUCCUUAGAGAAAAGCUUGUACGAGGCAAAUUCCAAGGUUCAGCGCCUCUCAGUCCAAAUCGAGUCGAGCCACAACGAGAUCGCAUUCCUCCGAGAGGAACAAGAUGGCGACAAGAUUAAGAUUGGAGACCUGGAGUCCGAACUCAAGACAUAUCAGAUGAGCCUUCAGAGUGAGAAGGAUAAGACGAGCGAGCUAGAAGAGCGCCUGGCUGAAGAAAGGCACCAACGUGAGGUCGUUGGAAGCAAGGAGAAGCAAGAGGUUCAGCGGAUUAUGAACGAACUAAACCGAGAGGCUUCUGCAGCGAAGGAAGAGUCCCGCAAACUGAAGAAGAGCCUCUCAGCGCAAGAGAUUGAGACGGCCACCUGGAAGGAGCGCCUGACUGAUUUGGAGAACAAUCUGCGAGAAAUACUCGGCGACAUCAGCGGCAGCCGGUCCAGCUUGAUAUCCAACAUUACGAAGUUGCAGAAGGAACUUGAAUCUACGGCUCUAGAGCUUGAGAGCACACGAUCUACGCUGGACGAGAAGGAGUCGCUGCUACAAAACCGCGAUGCACUCCUCGAAAGUCAUGGACUAGAGUCUCGCAAGUUAUCCGAGCUCCUUGACCGUGAACGCCACGCUCGUCGUGCAGACAAGCAAUCAUUUGAUCAAGCACUCAAAUCCCACCAUCAAGCAUCGCGGACCAUCACACAGAACAACUCUCGUAUCACUGAGCUAGAAAGUGCACGAAGCCAGGACCGCAAGCGCUUCACCGGCCUUGAGCAACAGUUUCGGGAACAGCUCAAUGAGCGAAAUUCCAUGCUGCUGACAAUUUGGAAGCGCUUGUCCGGCAUGUGUGGGCCAGAUUGGGCUCAUUCCAACAGCUUGAUCAACGGCAACUUACCAAGCCAGGAGGUCAUCGGUAAUAUCCUAUUUUGGCCUGGAUUUAGUCGAAACCUUUUGCUCGCCGUCAAGACUCUGGAGAGUGUGAUAUCGGGCUUCAAAUCCCGCGUUAAGGAUGUUGAGCGGAACCUCACAAAGCAAUACCAAACCCUUGAGCACGUCUUUGGUUUGCGAAUCAAAAAGCUAGACAGGUUGGAGGAGACGACGAUGAACAUGCGCGCCCAAUUGCAAACUCGAAAUCAAACCGGACUCUCACCUGAGUUAUCCAAACUUCGUGGCGAAAACCGACUGUUGAAAGCCGAACUCAAUCUCCUUCAGACGCAUCCGCGUAGCCGUGGCACUGGCAUGGGAGGCUCACCCCGAGCGUCUACCAUCGAUGUAACAGAACGUGGCCCGUUAGUCCGCGCCAAUCCAACUGCUGAUUCGUCUCCCAAGAGCGUUGCUCGAUCUGGUAUCCCACAGCCAUCCCAAAUUUCAACAUCAACAACGCUAGCUGAAAACACCGGCGCCGUCGCGCGACCACGGCACAGAUCAUCAGAACCGGGUAACCAAGAAGUAUGGAUAAAACGCCUGCACGAACUAGAAAAGAGACUCAAAGGGGAACGCGAAGCGCGCCUUUUGGAUCGCAGUGGAGCUAGAAGACGGCUUGAAGAGCGUGAUGCCGAGAAUAAGCGGCUCCGCGCCCAGCUAGACAGACAACGCCUCCGUAAGGGCAUCUCAAGAGAGGCUUUCACCGAUGACGGGGCGAUCGGGCCUGGCUCUGACCUAAUCACUGGGGACGAGGGGUAUAGAGAUCAGGACGAGGUGCACAGUUCGAGUGAGGGCGAGGGCAUUACCGUUGAUAUUGAAGUUUGA